AUGGCUCCUGAAGGAGUCUACAAAGAGUCCCGCACAUACCACGUGCGGGACCGGUCGCCCUCGGAUGACGAGUUUGAUGACAGGCAUUAUGGUAGCAGGACCACGGUGCACCGUUACAAGGUGAACCCGGGCUCCCGCCUAGAGCGCGUAGAGCGGAUAGAGCGCAUCGAGGAUAUCGACGACGACCGGCGCUCGCGCUUCUCGGGCUACGCCGGCCGGUCGGAGCGUGACCUGCUCGACGUCGACGGACCGCGUGGCCGCUCUUACGUACCCGAGCGACCCCGCUCAGCAUUUGAGCCGAGUCCGCGCAAUACCAUGGUCGAGCACAAGCAUGUCACCAAGCAUGACUACGACGGAGACGGUGUGCCAGACGACAUAGAGAUCUACAAGGAGUCCCGCGAAUACGACAGGGACCGCGGUGACCGGACUAGCCGCCAGGUCGUCGAGCGCAUCGAGCGCGAGCCAGGCGACCCCCUCGGCCCUGAGGUCAGGUCGCGCGUCGAGAAGAAAGUCGUUGAGCGCGGCGACGACCAGCCGCUUUCACCUCGCGAGCGCGACUGGGAUAGGCAGUCGCGCGGCGGCUGGGAUCGGGACGAGACCGAUGUCCGUGUCGAGAAGCGUGUCGAGCGCCGAGAAGACGGGGAGAUGCGCAUCGAGCGCCGCAUGGAGGAGCGGAGAGACGAGCCGUAUGGAGAGGUCGAGCGCUACCGCAAGGAAACAGAAUAUUACGAGCCAGCGCCGUCGAUGCCUCCUAUCGUUAUACGCCAGCGCGCACCAGAGCAGAAGAUCAUCGUCCAGGAAGCUCCUUCGCCGGCGCCCUUGGUCAUCCGCGACGAGAGGCGCUGGAGGGAGGAUGAUGAGUAUUACCGACGUCGCGAGGUCGGUCUGUACCGCGGCCGUGAACGCCAGGAGGAGUACGCCAUGGAGCGCUACGAUCGCCGUAGGGAACGAGACCGCCGCGAGUACAGUGACGACGACGAGGAGUACUACGUGAGGAAGAAGACUAUCGUCCGUGAGCGUAGUCAGAGCGCAGACCACCACCGCAAGCGUCACCUAGCCGAGGGGGCCCUGGCUGGUGCUGGUGCCGCCGCGCUCCUUGCAACUAGGCGAUCUGGUGAUGGCGGGCUCCAGGAGAACCGGGGUCGCAAGGUCAUUGCUGGCGCUGCGCUCGGAGCGCUCGGAACUGAAGUCUUCAAGCGCGCGCGAAGCGCGUACCAGGAUCAUUACGGCGAGGAUGGCCGUGGGCGAUCGCGGUCUCGCUCACGCUCGCGAGGUCGGGAUGAAGAUCGACACUCCAAGCUCAAGACAGGCCUCGGUCUUGCGGCAGCCGCCUUGGCUGUCGCGGGAGCUGCAAAGUACUACCAGACCUCCAAGGUUGAAAAGGAAGAGGCGAGUCGUGGACGCAGCCUUCGUCGUGGCUAUUCUGAGGAGUACUACUCAUCUCGCUCCCGUUCUCGCACCCGUUCGCGCAGCCGUAGCCGUGCAGCAAGUGUGGCCAAAGCCGCUGCCGGCACUGCCGCCGUUGCAGGUAUAGUCAAGCAUUUGCGAGACAAAUCACGCGCCCGCAGUGGUGGACGUAGCCGCAGCCGCAGCCACAGCCGCAGUAAAUCGCCUCGUCACCGGUCCCGUUCGCGCCUGCGCACCGGCGCCGAGAUUGUGGCGGCGGGGCUUGCCGGCGGAGCAGCCAAGAAGAUAUACGACAAGCACCAGGAGAAGAAGGAGCGUGAGCGUUCGCGAUCCGUCGCGGCAGGGAAGCGCAGGAGCCGAAGCAGAAGCUUGAGCUCGGAUUGGUCAUAUGAUGACCGUGACCGCAGACGGCGUUCGCGGUCCCACAGCAGGUCCAACGCCCGCGCUAGACUGCCCCCCCUCCCCCACAACGACUCCUCGAGAGCUGACUCCGAGUUAGGUAUGGUUGAGUACGGCAACAAUCCGGUCGCGCCGGAAGCGCGCCGCAGAGGGGCUGGCGGCGGCGGCGGCGGCGGCUAUGACUCGGCGACCGAGGAUUACGAUGGCCGGCGGCGUCAUCGCGGCCGCCGAUCGAGUUACUCCGACAGCGACCAAGAUGACAAGAAGCCCGAGAAGAAGAGGAGUAAGAGCCGCCUGAGGGAGAUGGCCGCUGCCGGGGCCGGUGCCGCGGCUGCUGCCAUCGGCCUGAAGGGGAUACAGAAGCGGAGAGAAAAGUCGAAGGAGCGCGACGAGGAAGAGGAGCGCCGGCACGAGGACGAGAUGCGCGAACGAGAUAGGGAUAGGGACAGGGACAGGCCCCGCAAUAGGAGUCGCGUUGGCUUUGACGACCGACACAUGAGCCCAGAACGUGAUCGAAACAGGGAGCGAGAAGAGAGGGCCAGAGACCGGGAACGUAGACGAUAUGAGGAUGAGAUCGAUGAUGGCUACGACAGCUACGAUGACCGUUACCAUGGUCACAGUCAUCCGCCAUCACCGCCACACGCGUCUGGCGGCGCCUACAUCCGGCCAGCAAUGUCGGGCGCGGCAGGUCCUGGCUUCACCAGCCAUCCAAACAUUGCCUCGACCAACCUCAACGACUACGGCGGCUACCAUCCAGCUGACUAUGGCGGCUAUCCCCCAAACUCAGCGCCCACCCCGACAGGCAUGCCACCACCUCCUGCAGGGAUGCCUCCGGCAGCGCCGCCAUACCCAAUGGAUCCGCGUCCGCCCAACAAUGCACCAGGACCGCCGCCCAUGGGAUUUCCUCCCGGUCCUCCGCCUCCGCGGAUGAACCCCCAUGGCGACCACGUGAGUCAAGUUCCCCUGUCCAAGGACGCUGAACGCCCGGGUGCGUUAUAA